ACCACGAAAUGUCACGGUGCGCUUUGUAUGCAUCAUUCGGCGAUGUACUGUGAAUUUUUUUCUCGUGUCCGCUUCGGAUUGUCCCCGUGGAUUGUAAUUUCCAUUGCGAUAUUUAUACGUGAAAAAGUACACUAAAGUGAAUGAAGUAAUUACACGGAGUUGCAGAAAUCAUCGAAGAAGUGAACUACCAUAUAAUUCAUCGAUUUUGCGAUAGCUUCGGCAAAGAAAAUCGCGUUCUAAAAUGUCAACAAAAGCAAGCGAAGAGGAGUCACACCAUGAUGAGAGCGAUAUUACGGAUGAGUUUAUCGAUGAUGACGGCGAUAAAGCUGGCUAUUUUCCGGGCAAAACGGUCACUUUGCAAAUGCUGCUAGGGGCAAAUGUUCUUCAACCUGGGAAAGCUGCAAUGAGCAUCGAAUAUUUGGGUCAAAAAUUCAUCGGUGAUUUGCUACCGGACGGAAAAAUAAAAUCACACGAAACGGAAACGAUUUUCUGUUCUCCCAGCGCCUGGGCAAUAUAUUGCAAACGUAUUAUUAAUCCGGAUAAGAAAUCAGGCUGUGGUUGGGCUUCGGUAAAAUAUAAGGGCCGAAAGUUGGAUGCCUAUAAGGCUGCCUAUCAUCGUAAGCAGAUUCUCAAGGAGAAAGAUCACAAAGAUGAUACGAUUCCAGCUGAUGACGACAUAGAAGAAGAUAAAACAGCGAUGGAACCACCACCUAUUAGACGAAAUGUAGUCCAACAUAACACAAUCAGUAACCGGAACAUUUUGCACGACGCAAACACGUUGAUAGAAUCGGUUCCGUUCACGUCGUUAGGCAAGAUCCAGCCAUUCUUGGUGUCUGUCAAUUCAUCCACAAUUCUGCUGAUGGACUUCCACUGUCAUUUAACGAGCAACGAGGUGUGCGGAUAUCUCGGUGGUACGUGGGAUAUCAACGCGCACAAUUUGUCUAUAACGCACGCAUUUCCUUGUCGCAAUUCGCGCUUCGAUCGAGACAAAGCUGCGAUGUGUGAAUUGCAGAUACAAAAGCUGAUGGUUAAGAAGAAUCUCAACCUGGUUGGUUGGUACCACUCUCAUCCGAGAUUUUCCGUACAGCCAACAUUGAGAGACUGUGAUGCUCAGCUAGAAUAUCAGAUCAAGAUGAGGGGUCCUACUGAAGCUUCCUAUACGCCAUGUGUAGGAUUCAUUUGUUCGCCAUAUAAUGAUGAUAGUACUUCAUUGGAAUCUAGUAUUAUGACAUUCUGGGUUCUGCCUCCGCCAGAGAAUCGGCCGGCCGAAUAUGGGCGUCCGAUGUUGAUGUCAUAUUCAUUGGUUCAGGACGAAACUCUGUCGGAAGAAAUUAAAGAGGAGAUGAUGCUCACUGUGGAUUAUUACAAGCAAUUUAAACGAGAACUGAUUAAUUUCCAGCUGGUGUACAAAAAUGAGAUUACUUUCAUCGAGAAAUUGAAAAGGACAUUGCAGUCAAAGUUUCCACUGGAUUCAACAUCUGGACAUUUUUGGAAUUGGAUUCGUGAGCUACUGGGGCUGGAUCCAGAGGAGAUUGUGAUUGUUCCAGAGCCCCCGCCAAUGCCUACUGCACCCAUCAACAUACCCAAAGUUCCGGAAACGAUUUCAACAUCAGCUGUCGUUAAUUUGACAAAUGUAGAGGAAUGCAGCAUUACAACUGAAGCGAAAAAUGAGGAGGAUUUUGAUGGUGUAUCGGAGAUGGAAGACUCUGACGUCAUUUCGUUAAAAGAUGACGAUUCCAAGACACCUUCGCUAGCGGUUCCAAGCCUACAGGCACAACUUAAACGACCUUCUGGGCUAAAUAUGACGCCUUCACCGCUGUCUAGUGCAUUAGUUGUACUGCCCACGAAUCUCAGUCAGAAUAAUACCACAGGUGGCAACAACCACACAAAUAAUCACGGUGGAUCAAUAACGAAUAAUACGUCUCCCAGAGAUAGUCCCAUAACAAUCCCAUCGAAUUCAGCAAGUCCCGCCAAGUUUGAAAUACCUGUCAGGGCUAGUCCAUCGCCUGCAAAGUCGGACACAUCAUCAUGUCGAAGUCGUACCCGCAACUCGCCCGCCCCAAGUCCGGGAAAAUUAUCCAUCGGCGACAUUCUUGGCGGAGGUAAUCGGAAUAGUCCAACAUUAAGUUCCUUGAUUGGAAAUAUGGGCGGUAAUGUUAAUAACAUUCACGAUCUCUAUGCGGCAACCUUUGCUUCCCUCGGGAACUCUAUUCCAUCGAAUUUACUCUCUCAAGACUAUGCCUCGCUGUUUCAAAACACAAAACGAGAUGAGUAUGGGCUUUCAGCUUUGAAUGCCUUAGCCCAAGUGGCUGCAGCCUCGGGUAUCUCAAACUCACAAAUAAACGAAACGCUUCUUCAUAGUCUCAAUCGGAGUAUUUCGACAAAGUCUGGUCAAACAUCGACUGUAACUACAGGUGCAUCAACUAUGACUUCCAGUACGGCACCAUCAACAGCGGCACCUCCAGUGACUGCCGCUAACAAUUCAGCUCUGCCUCCAAUUCCCAAUAUGAAAGAAUUUAUGCAGCAACUUGAGAAAGGUAAUUUGAGUUUGCUGAUGCAAUCACAAUACGCUAAUCCAUUAGCUGGCAUGACUGGACUGACAGGUCAAACUUCAGGUGCCGGUCAACAUACUGUAGGAAACAGUGGAACGAACAACACAAGUGGUAAAUCGGGCUCCGGUCGCUCAUCCAGCAAAUCUUCCCGAUCGAAAUCUCAACAACAGUCUGUUCAGCAACAACUGCAGCAAGCACAACAACAUCUACUCCAGCAACAGCAGCAACAUCAGUCUCUCAUGGAUUACGCCGAUUUCACAAACAAGUUCGAUCAGGGCAAACUUGCCGAUCUGAUGAAAUCCCCUGAAUAUUCGCAAAUGUUGCUCCAACAGGCACAAGCCUUGGGCAGUCUUGGAAGCGAGAUAUCUAUCAUAAAGAAACCUUCGUCUAAAGGCAGUGGCGGAGCUUCGAAUAAUCACAACAAUAGCAAUAAUAACCCAAAUAACAACAGCAACAACCAUAGCAAUAAAAAGGACUCGGCAAGCGAUUUGAUUAUGAAACUUCGGACAAUUUUCUCCACCGACUCGUAUCUGCCACCAAUGCCAACGGCAGCAGAUAUUAACCUACUUGCAGAGCAAUCCCAGAAAGUACCGGAGAUACAGCAAAUUUUGAACUCCGGUAACUUGGAUGACAUUCAAGUUCUUCUCAAGGCUCAGUCGUUGUCUAAUAAUACGUUGGAUUUCGCCGCAUUCCUACAAGGAACUUCCGGCGUUGGCUCAAACUACGGAACAGGCGAAGGAACGAGCAAAUCGAGCAAGAGUGCCGCUGCUAAGGAGGAAAGAGAGAGGGAGAGAGAACGAGAGCGUGAGCGUGAACGAGAAAGGGAACGGGAUAGGGACAACGCCAAUGCUGCUGCAGCUGCAGCAGCCGCGGCAGCAAUGAACCCCUAUCUCUCAGCUAGUAACUUAUCAGCCUUAUUUGAACCGGUUCAAAGACCAUCAUCUGGCAAGUCAAACAAAGCAGAUAAAAAUAAGGGAUCCCUCGAUCGCGCCACCACUAACGUUGCGUCCAACCCUGCCGAUAUGUUGAACAGCCUGUUCACGUCAGCCGUUGGAGGCGCAAGUGCAGCUGAAAUGAACGCGCUUCUUUAUGGACAAGGCAAAGGUGCUUCCGAUUUGAGUAUGCUGUUUGGUGGCGCAGGUGUUAGUUGCGCACCAACAUCUUCUUCAAGUUCUAAUACCACGUCAACCUCGGCAGCAGCUGCCGCCGCUGCUGCCGCUAAGCAAAGCUUAGAUUAUCUCUCGAUGUUCCCGAAUUUCUCUGCGGCUAAAUUACCGGAAAUGUCGGCACUGUUCCAGUCGGACAAGUUUGAAAUUCCAGAUCCGUUGGCUAAGGCCACUCUCGAAGCCAACAAUAUGUAUCUCGCUCCCUCGGCUUCGUUACUAAAACUGCAGCAAGAAGCCUUCAAUUCGAUGAUGAUGAAACCGCCAAAAUCGUCAUCCUCUUCAACGUCAUCCUCCAGUAAGAUCGAAACGCCACCUCCGAUUAUUGCGUCUCCCGGCGCUCGAUCGACUCCCACCAAAUCUGCGAGCCGAGACAGUCCUUCUCUCGGGCCAAAGUAUAACUUCAGUGCGGUCGAUCUUGCCGUGUCGAGCGUUCCAUUAGCCGCUUCGUCACCCCUGGGCGUUGCCGAUUUGUCUAGGAAAACUCCUCAGACACCACCUGUGGAUAUGACGGCGACUCCAUCCAUGCAAACUGCUCCGUCUGCGUCGUCACAAAUCCUCCCACCGUACAAAAAACGAAUGGAGUUCUCGUCGAUUGCCGAUCUCGUUGCGGCACCACCCAGUAAAUUACCUAAGCUGUCCUCGGAAAACUUGGACCCUUAAGAGGAACGCUUGAUCGAUGAUGCCGCGGAAAUACAAAAAAAAGAUGGACAGACAACGUUGGAAGGAGGGGGAACUUGAAAAGGCAACGCAGGCCAUCAAGGACGGAUUUUCUCUGCGCAAAGCAUCGAGAGUGUUUGCAAUUCCUCGAACAACAUUGAUGAGAAUUGUGCAAAAUUCGUCGGCCGCAUCCGAAGAAACACACAGAACCGUUUUCUCUUCCCAGCAGGAACAGGAGAUGCUCAACCAUGUUCUCAACCUGCAAAGUCGGCUAUAUGGUUUGACGGCACGUGAUAUCCGGAAAAUGGCAUUUGAAUUAGCCGAAAAAAAUAGACUUCCUCAUCCGUUCAAUCCAAAAACUCGCUUAGCCGGAAGAGAUUGGUUCAUCGGAUUCAUGAAGCGCCAUCCAACAAUUUCAAUGCGAACGCCAGAAGGAACAUCAGUAGCAAGAGCUAGAGCAUUCAAUAAACCAUCAGUCCAACGGUUUUUCGAUGUUCUUGAGAGCAAAUUGAAUGUAAUGCAAUACACACCAUCACAAAUUUAUAAUGUUGAUGAAACGAGUGUUUCCACGGUAGUAUAAAACUAUUUUAUUUUAUUUUUCUUAAUAUGAAUUUAAUAUUCUGUUUUUGGUUCGCAAGGUUCCAAACAGCAGCAUAAAAAUAGCUGCAAAGAAAGGCCAGAAGCGUGUGGGCAUCAUAACAAGUGCGGAAAGAGGCGAGUCGACGACAGUGGUAAUGUGUAUGUCUGCGUCGGGACAUUACAUACCACCAAUGAUAAUCUUCCCCCGCAUGAGAAUGAACGAUCAAUUGAAAACUGGUGCUCCUCACGGUACAACAUUUGCUUGUAAUCCUUCUGGAUACAUGACCACAGAAUUGUUUUCGGAAUGGUUCAAGCAUUUUGUGCAACAUGCACGACCCACAUCGGAACGCCCUCUUCUGUUGAUUCUUGACGGUCAUUCUUCCCACAGCAAGAAUUUCGAUUUUUGUGAAACUGCUGCAAAGAUGCACGUUGUAGUAAUCGUGCUUCCACCUCAUUGCAGUCAUCGUAUGCAGCCGUUGGACGUAAGCUUCAUGGGUCCUUUCAAAAAGUUCUACGGAGAUGCUACCGGCUUACUUUUGAAGAAAACUCCAGGCAAAGCAGUUACACAAUACGACAUAGCGGGUUUGGUCGGAAUCGCUUUUCCGCGUGCAGCGACACAAAUGAUAGCUGCGAACGGUUUUUCUGCUACAGGAAUCUGUCCAUUCAAUCGGGAAAUAUUCGAAGUGGACGAUUUUGCACCCGCAGAAGUUACUAAUCAACCAGAAACUGAAACGAUAUCUUCCCACGAUCAAACCCAAUUCGACGGUGUUGAUCAAGCUGUGGAUGCUGCGGAUGAUUCUUUCGAAGUUGGCCCGUCAGACAUCAUUCCUCUACCGAAAGCAAUUGCAUCAAAUGACAGGAAGCGAAUACCUGAUAAAUCUUGCGAGUUGACAGCAACAAGUCAUCGUAAAAGUUUGUUAGAAGCUGAAGUUCAAAAGUCGAUCAAAGCUAUGCGUAAAGUCCAGAAAAAAGUUGUUCCGAAGAGAAAUCGUAAAAGGAAGGGAAUGGAUUCGGAUGUCACAGAGGAUGUUUUAUGCGAGUAUUGCGCAGCAUUAUUCAGUCAGUCCCAAUUAGGGUGGAUGCUGUGCAUUAGUUGUAAAGUAUGGUAUCACAAUCAAUGCACAGAGAAUGAAAGCGUAACAUGCCCCAUAUGUAUGUUGUAAAUCAAUGUGAAAUGAAAUGAAAGAGUGCCAAGUCAUGUUAAAUAAUAAUAAAGAACAUGGUAUUAUAAACGGAUAACUUCGAAAUUAUUUUGAAAUAAAAAAAAUUUGGGUAAUGCCAUAAAAUGUGAAAAAGGAAUUGCAUGGAUUCUAUGCAAUUUUUCUGGUCUGGCUUCUGACCAAGA